AUGGACCGGCUCGUUGAGCACCUUCACGACUGCACGAAGAAGGCUGAGAGUUUUAAAACCACCAAGAGGCGCCUGUCUCUUGAAACUCUUGAGCUGAUACGCCAGCAUGGAGCAGCACGAGCCGCAGGAAAGCAAGCACUCACGCCCGAGCUCGCAAGGCUUUGCAGAGAGACGAUAAAAGAAGACCUUAAAGAGAGAAGAGCAGAAGUGCUGGCUGAAGCUGCAGAGACGGGGAAAAGCAUCCGCUAUGCCCGUCGAGACUUCGCCAGUCGCAAGACGAGGAUGACUGCUCUCCGGAACCCGAAGGGAACAACCGUUGUAUCGGGAAGGGGAAUGGAGAAAAUCAUCUACGACUUCUACUCUGAUCGAUUCGACAACCAUGUCCACCUGCCUCCUCACCAUCUGAGGGAAGACGGACAUGUCAUUCCAGAGAUACUCCCGUCCGAAAUACAGCAUGUUAUCAUGUCGCUAAGAAAUCGUACAGCACUCGGUCCCAACAGAAUGAGACCAGAACACCUGAAGUAUCUUCCGCCAGUAUUCAUGAACACCCUGGUGAUGCUCUUUACACGUUACCUGUCGGAAUGCAAGGUUCCUAAACAGUGGAAGACCAGUAAGACCGUGUUUUUUUUUUCAUCAGACGUUUUCGACUGA